AUGUCAAAUCAAGAGCCAUACCGCAUCCCGAAGAGAACCGCUUCUGAUCCAAACCAGUCAGGAAGUCAGGGAAGCUGUGUGCGACCAAAUCAGGAGGGGAACGUAAAAAAGGAGGAGAGCGUCAAUUCAGCGCCACGCAGGAUGUUCACCCUACCCUCGUCUUCAUCUACCAGCGGAGCCCAAGUUUUCAACCCCAUCGGAAAGUGCCAGGUUCAGACGAACAGCUUCAAAAUCGACAUCACCAAGAUGCCCAAACGUCUUCUCCGUCUCUCCAUGGAAACCCGUCUCUGUGGUGGAAAAACUGAGCUAAAUUUGAAUGAUGGGGUUCAAGCAGUGGCUGGGAACCUGAACUCACAGGAAGACUUCACAACUCAAGAAUGGAGCCAGAUCUCAAAUUAUUUGAGAAAGAAAAAUGCUGAAUUUAAAGUCAAAAUUUCCCCAAAUGGAUUCGUCUAUACCAACGGACCAAAUUCUCUGAGUGAUGCCAAUCGGCAGGAGUUGCCAAGAUUGGUAGAGAUUGCAACUUCAGAAGUUCUCAACACUCCGGAAUACCUGCAGUUUGGAAAUCAAACCUAUGCUGUCAAUGAACCCGCUGUCAGCUCACCUGAUGCGCUUUCGGAGAUCCGAUCUGGUUUUGACAAAAGCGUCAGACUUGUAGAUGGGGAAAAUGGGUCCACAGAGAUUAUCAUGACCAUAGAUAACAAGCUUGCUCCCUUCCAUAAGUCCACUUCUGUUCUGAAAAUGAUUUGUGAUAAGUUCGAAGAGAUUGUAAACCCGGCUCGGCAACACAGAGGAUCCCAAGAUCGGCGAGGUGACCGUGACAGAGGAUACCGUGGAGGAAGAUCCUAUGGACAUGACAACAGACGCCGAAGCCGAAGCAGAUCGCCGCAGGAUCGUGGAGAUCGUGGAGACCGCGGGAACCACCACCGGGAUCACAACGAAGACUGGGAUGAGAGAAAAGUCAAGGAGGUCGAGCGCCGACUUUUGGAAGAGCCCCGUGCUCUCGGCAGCAUUGCAGAUGCUCUCAAAGGGCUGAUUGUUGAGUCGGUGCACUUGUCGAAGGAUGUCAACAGAAACGUGAUUGUCAAGGGACUCACGGACAGGAAUGCUGAGGAAGUCGUAUCAAACUGAAUGAAGGAAAAAAUGAUGAGCAGGAGAUUUCAGUGGCCGACUACUACCUGAAACAGUACAAUUACAAACUGAAGUUCCCUUAUCUGCCAAUGAUCGUCUCGAAAAGAUUCCGAAGUGAGACGAUGUUCCCUGUCGAGCUAUUGAAAAUUGUGCCAGGACAGAAAAUCUCAAUUCAGAAGAUCAACCCCAACGUGCAAUCCGCCAUGACUGGACCAAACUCGAUUCUCCCUUCGAAGCAUGUUCGAAUUGUCGCCAGAAUUCUUGAAAGCUCACUGAAGAUUGCUUCCAAUCCUUACCUAAAGACGUUCGGAAUCAGAAUCUCCAAGGAUCCAAUCAAACUGGAAGCGAAGAUCUUGUCACCGGCCCAGCUUUCAUUCAACAAGUACUCGAUAAUGCCGAAGCCCGGAAGUGUCCAGUUUGAGCCGAGCAGGGAAGAUAAGUUCUUCAAGCCGGCCAAAAUAUAUGAGGUCGCGGUGAUUGCGUUUCGGGUAGUUAGCAUCAAUUUGAGCGACUUCUGCAUGAAACUCUGUGAUCUAUGCAGACGAAGUGGUCUCGAGAUCCGUCGGGAGACGAGGGAUUGGAUCAAAAUUGAAAACUUCAAUCCAACAUCGACCAUUGAACUGAAGGAGCAAAUGAAGAGGCUCCAGCAAAGCAAUUGCUCCAUCAUAAUUGGAAUUACUGAGGAGAAGAAGCCCGAAGUGCACGAUGUUCUGAAAUACUUCGAAGCGGCGGUUGGGCUUCAGACGAUGCAAAUUCACUCCAAGACCGCCGGAUUCAUUAUCAGCGGAAAUGGACAGACCGCGGGGAAUGUCAUCAAGAAGCUCAAUCUGAAGUGUGGAGGUAUCAACUACAUCGUCGAGGUUCCUCAGUCUUUCAAUCGAACUGUCGUCUGCUCCAAUAAUAGUUUCGUGCAGAAGAAGUUGUUCGAUGGUACUCAGUUCAUUGGUUUUGAGAUGACUCAUGGAGCGGCUAGAACAUUGUUUGACAAGAGCAACGGAACCUUCGACGGAGAGCCUACGAUUGUAGGAUGUGCCUACUCGCUCCAGAAGGCCACAGAUCUUGGAGGAUUCAACUGGUUCCAGGAGCAGAAUGAGUAUAGGCUCAAAAAUCUCGGCACCCACAUCCCGAAGUGCCUCCAGUACUACAAGGAAUCCUCUGGCUCGCUUCCCGAGAAGAUCGUGAUCUAUCGCACCGGAGCCGGCGAGGGAGACUUCGAUCGGGUCCAACAGGAGAUUACAGAAAUCAGAAGCUCAUUCGCCGAGGUUCAAGAAGGCUACAAGCCAAGUCUAGUGGUAAUCGUUGCCAACAAGACGUCCCAUUUGAGAGUGUUCCCGGUGGAGAUUCGAGAAGGUGAUACGGCUAUGAAGCAGAACGUCAGAUCGGGCACUUGCCUGGAUGGGAAAAUCACGUCGGCGGGGCGGGAAGAGUUUGUGCUGAUUUCUCAGACAGCUUUGAUUAGCACAGCUAAGCCAACAAAGUACACCAUCGCCGCCAAUGAUCCCAAAUGGUCGAAAAAUGAGGUUAUGAAUCUCACCUAUAUCCUCUCGUUCGCUCAUCAGGUCUGCUACCAACCACCUGCAGUUCCACACAUCCUAUAUGCAGCUGAUAAUUUGGCAAAGCGGGGAAGAAAUAAUUUCAUCCAGCACAAAAAACUCGGAGAGCUGUCCAAAACUAUUCAAGCCACUCUUACAAAAUACUCCGAUUUGAAUAUUGAAAUGGAUUCGAAAGAGCUCAGCGGAGAACUUGUCGAGGACAUCACCAAGAGCAUGAAUGUUAUGGCGAUUAAGGCCAGGAACUUUUGGGCUUAAAU